UUUGCACGAUGAAAAAAAAACCCCCAGUUGCUCCUGAUAGCAGACUUCUUGCGCUUUAUGACAAUAUACGGCGUAAUACUGUAAUUCCAUCAGCAAAUCACAGCGGCUUUCGGGGAGAGCGGGAGAGUGCAAAAUAUAGUUUAAAAACGGACAAAAACAUGGCGAAGAAUGGUUUUGCAAGAGAGGAGGCGAUUGAUUUGAUCUUUGAUGACACCUGGGAAGAGGCUGACCAUGACUCUUCGGACCCGGAGUCUGUGUAUUCAGAUGUUGAGGAGGCGUAUGCUGCUGGCAUUGAUCCAGAUGUGGAUUGUGUGGCUUCACCAGUUACCUACAAAGAAGCAAAUGGGCCAUCCACAUCGAACACAACACCACCUCAGAGGGGCCGGGGCCGGGGCCGUGGUCGCAGCCAUAGCCGUGGUCACAAUCAUGGCCUUGAGGAAUCGCGUGGCCUCUCACCAGUAUCACAUAAUGGAAGAUGGAACACUGAGGCAGAUCCUGAUAUAGUGCCCAAUAUUCCAAGGUUUACUCCUAAAAGAAUACCUGGAGUGCAGCCUCCACUCACAUUUGGAAAAAAGUCUCCACUUGAUAUUUUCAGUCAAUAUUUUGACGGAGAGGUCAUAGACGUCUUGUGUGCAAACACAAACAAGAAUGCGGUGAGAAAUCUGGAGAGGGGUAGGAAAUUCACAUGGGCUGAUGUAUACCCUGAAGAAAUGAAGAAGUACAUAGGUCUGCUUCUCUACAUGGGUGUGAUGGAUCUGCCAAAAAUGAGGGACUUCUGGAGGAAGAAGACUUUGUUUCAUGUUCCCUUUCCUGUUACUGUGAUGUCCAGGGAUCGUUUCUUAGCAAUCUCCUGCAAUCUGCACAUCAGUGAUCCAACGGAAGAUGCAGAGAAUGACAAGAAAAGGGGCACAGAGGAAUAUGACUGUCUCCACAGAGUGCAACCACUCUUGGACAUUAUGAGGAACAGAUGCAUGUCUAUUUACCACCCUAGACAGAACAUUUCUGUUGAUGAGAGGAUGAUUGCCACCAAAGCCAGGAUAUCCUUCAAGCAAUAUAUGAAGGCCAAGCCUACUAAGUGGGGCAUAAUUCUUUAUGUAUUAGCUGAUGUGAACGGCUACACCAUUGACUUCAAAAUCUACACUGGGAAGUCAAAAUUUGCAUCUGGGAAAGGCCUGUCUUUUGAUGUUGUCACAUCAUUGGUGAACCGAGACUACCUGGGGUCAGGCUAUGUCAUUUACUGUGACAAUUUCUACACAAGCCCUCUCCUCUUUCGACAUCUGAACCAGCUGGGAUUUGGUGCAUGUGGAACUUACCGAGAAGGAAGAGUUGGUGUUCCCUCAACCAAACAAAAUGCCCUGAACAAAAGGUCACCAAGAGGCUCCAUUCGCUGGAUCAGAGAAGAUGUCCUUUUGUUUGUGAAGUGGAUGGACACAAGGGAGGUCUCCAUGUGCACAACUGUCCACACAGUGUACAGCGGGGAGACCGUGCUGAGGUGGCAGACGACAGAGGAUGGGCGAAAAGAGAGGGUCACGGUUCCCAGGCCAACAGCAGUUCAGCAGUACAAUAAGUACAUGGGGGGAGUUGACACCUCUGACCAGAUGCUCGGAACAAACUCGGUGCACCGUAAAACACGGAAGUGGUACAUGACAAUUUUCCAGCACUACCUGGACAUUGCAGUGACCAACAGCUACAUUUUACACAAAGAGCUGAGUGCCAUCCACCAUGACAAGCACAUGACACGGCAAAGCUUUCAGGAGCUGCUAGCUGCUCAGCUCACAGGUGUUCCCCUGGAUGGCAGCCCGAGAGAGAGAUGCGAUCAUCUGCCUGUUCCUGUGAGUGACACUCAAGACCUUUCACAGAGGGCCAGCAUGGGUCGGCGUCGUUGCAUACGAUGCAAAAGGAGCACCCCAUGGAAGUGCCAGGAAUGUGAUGUGGGACUAUGCUUGCAGUUAGACAGGAACUGCUUCAGAGAGCACCACGUUUAAAUGACUGAGGAUCCAAAAACGCCUGGAGAACUGGGGGCAUCCAAGAAGCGAUCUAAACAAUGAGUGACGUAUACGCGCGACAGAUCGCUUCCGUGCAUGCGUCUACUAUGCC